AUGGAUGAGACCUACGACGCCGUCAUCCUCGGCACCGGUGUGACCGAGUGCGUCCUCUCGGCCCUCCUCUCGAUCGAGGGCAAAAAGGUGCUCCACAUCGACCGCCACGACUUCUACGGCGGCGAGUGCGCAUCCCUCAACCUCACCCAGCUCUACAACAAGUUCCGCCCCGGUCAGGAGCCCCCCACCGACAUCGGCCGCGACCGCGACUAUGCCAUCGACCUCAUCCCCAAGUUUAUGAUGGCCAACGGCGAGCUCACAAAGAUGCUCGUCCACACCGACGUCACCCGCUACCUCGAGUUCAAGCAGAUUGCCGCAUCCUUUGUCUACCGCGACGGCAAAAUUGCAAAGGUGCCCGCAACCGAGAUGGAGGCCGUCCGCUCCUCGCUCAUGGGCCUCUUUGAGAAGCGCAGGGCCAAGAAGUUCUUUGAGUUCCUCCAGAACUGGCGCGACGACGACCCCGCCACCCACCAGACCCUCGACCUCGACUCGGACUCGAUGGAAAAGGUCUUCAACUACUUUGGCCUCGAGCCCGGCACCAAGGACUUUAUCGGCCACGCCAUGGCCCUGCACCUCGACGACUCCUACAUGCAGCGACCGGCGCGCGAGACGUACGACCGCAUCAUCCUCUACACGUCGUCGAUGGCCCGGUACGGAAAGUCGCCCUACAUCUACCCGCUCUACGGCCUGGGCGAGCUGCCCCAGGGCUUUGCCCGCCUGUCGGCCAUCUACGGCGGCACCUACAUGCUCGACAAGCCCAUCGACGAGAUCGUCGUCAACCAGGAGACGGGCAAGUUUGAGGGCGUCCGCAGCGGCGAUGAGACGGUCAAGGCCGCCAUGCUCAUUGGCGACCCGAGCUACUUCCGCGGCGGCGUCGCCGGCAAGGAAAAGAUCCGCGAGACGGCCAAGGUCGUGCGCGCCAUCUGCAUCCUCAAGCACCCCAUCCCCAACACCGACAACUCGGACUCGGUCCAGCUCAUCAUCCCGCAGAACCAGGUCGGCCGGAAGCACGACAUCUACAUUGCGGAGGUGUCGGGCACCCACAACGUGUGCGCGCGCGACAUCUACGUGGCGCAGGUGUCGACGAUUGUCGAGACGGACAAGCCCGAGCUCGAGCUGCGGCCCGGCCUCGACCUGCUGGGCCCCAUCUACGACAAGUUCGUCACGGUGAGCCCGCUCGAGGAGCCGGUUUCGAAUGGCAAGGAGGACAACAUCUUUAUCACGCGAUCCUACGACGCCACGUCGCACUUUGAGACGGUCGUCGACGACAUCCACGACGUGUGGAGGCGGAUCACCGACGGCCAGAAGCUCGUCCUCAAGAAGCGCGAGGACGGCGAGGGCGCCCAGAUCCAGGAGUAG